UAUCUAAAUUUUAAUAGGAAAAUAAAAUAUCGAGUGGCAACCCUGACUUGGAUAAUUUAUAAAUAUAUGUAUAAAAAUGAAAUUAUCUAUAGUUUUUCAAAUAUUAAUGAUUGAUAUUACUAUAGUCGAUAAUUUCUAACGAUUGUACUACCUGGCCUAUAUUUCAUUCACCAAAUGAUCCAGUUACUGGUUAUUAUUUCAUGGAGAAAGUAUGACAGGUACAUCGAAAAGGAAGUUGCGUCUCGAAAAUAAGAAGAAAAAAAUGGCAGCAUUAUUGGAUAUAGCAAAAUUAAAUGAAUAUGAUCGAUUACAAAAAAAUAAACAUACUGCUAAUGAGGAGAAUGUAAUACCUGUUGUGAAGCCUGAAACAGAACCUAGCCCAAAGCGUUUAAAAACUGGAGACCUCGAAGGUGAAGAGAUUGAAGAAAGUUCUCCAACUGAAACCCCUUCCCUCUCACAAGGUGUGGGACCCUCGGGCCGGCCGUUAUUAGAAGGCUUAGAACUCAUAGAACUGAAGAAAAUGCUUCGUGAAAAGACUCAGAAAAUACGCCAGCUUCCCCAACUUAGGCUACGAGAGUUAGGAGAAAAUUCCAGUCUGAAAGUGGAUAUUAAUGAUAGAGUGCCAUUAUUUCUUUCUGACCUGCAGCAUUUGCUGAUGUACUCACAAAUAGGUGUACAUUCCCCUUAUUCCCCUGCAAGAUGGUGUGCCUUAGAGAAGUAUAAUAGGCUUGAAAACACAAAUCUGUUGAUUAUAGAAAAUAUCUCCCUGUACCAUUUCACUGCUCAUGAGAGUUUAUUUCCGUUUCUGAGCUCGAAAUUUGAUAAAAAGUUGGAAAUGAUAACUCCUGCAUCUUAUAAUAGUGACAUCGUCAAGGAUUUGUCUAUGGUACCUCUAUCUGGUACCCAAAUGAAAAAAUUCCAAACUAAUUUCGGAACAUUAGAAUCUGCUGUCACUAAAAGCGAAGAACUGUUUGACACCGUCAGAAACUUUUUUCCAAUCGAAGAACCUGAAGAAUCUUCCAGCCCGUCGAAUAACGGUAAACUACCUUCUAGUGAUAAGUUUCCUAGAACACAGCUGCUACUCUCCGGAUGGCAGAUGAUAGAAGAAAAUCUACCGCUCCCAAUAAAAGGUUUGAUGGAAAGAAAGUAUGCAGGAUAUGUUUUAACUAAGGACAAGUACAAAUACAUAACACCAUUUAGUCCAAUUAUUGCAAUAGAUUGUGAGAUGUGUAGGACCUCCACAGGCGACCUAGAACUAACAAGAAUAUCAGCAGUCAAUGAAAAUUUACAAGUUUUCUACGAUACUCUUGUGAAACCAGACAAUCAGAUCGUCGAUUACUUAACUAGGUGGUCAGGUAUUAAUCAAAAAAUGAUGAAAAAUGUUACAAAGAAGUUGAAAGAUGUCCAGAACGAUUUGAAGAACUUGUUACCGCCUGAUGCUAUAUUAAUUGGUCAAUCGAUAUCCAAUGAUUUACAUGCUCUGAAAAUGAUGCAUCCUUAUAUUAUAGAUACCAGUGUUAUAUUCAACAUCACUGGGGACAGGACACGAAAAACUAAACUUCAAGUUUUAGCUAGAGAAUUUCUGCAAGAAAAAAUCCAAAUCAGCUCAAAGGGGCAUUGCUCAACAGAAGACAGUUUAGCCUGCAUGAAACUAGUUCAACUCCGGCUGAAAAAACACCUCUACUUCGGCGACGCUGUGAUGGGUGGUGUGCAAAAUGAACUACGAACUUACCCAGAUAUGGGAACGUCCCAUUAUGCUACAAGUAUGCUGAGGCAGUGUGUUAAAAUCGACAAAAAAGCAAACGUUGUGGGUUUGGCAGAUAUUGGUCUGAAGUACAAAUUUUAUGUUGAUAAGGGUACAGACGUGGAGGUUAAAAACAUAACUUGUAGUUCUGAGAAGUCGAACAGGGAAGUUGUUAAAAAAUUCUGUGGAUCGCUUAAGGACCACUCAUUGAAUAUCGCUCAUGUGAGGGUCGCUGACAACCAGUUGGAAGGGAAUAGUUGUAAGAUAUUUAAAAAUGUGGAUAAGUGGGUAAAGGAAAUGUAUGAGAGUGCUAAUAGUCCAGCCUUGUUGGUUGUGUUGUUGGGCGGUCAGAAACAAGGCAACGGAGCAUGUUUCUUGCAUCUCAAGAAAGAAUGUAUCGUUUGAAUUUGAAACAAAGUCGAAUUACUUUUUGUGUACAUAUAUGAAUUUACUAUCAUAAUUCGAUCACCUGAAUUAAUAAUUUAUCAUCCUUAUAUAUCAUUUUUUUGACAAUAAACAACCUACAUAUUU